CGGCUCUGGCGGCAGUCGCCCGAGCGCGUUGCUGUCCUUAGCCUCGUUGCUGGGGGAGUGUGUCCUCGCCGGCUCGCCGUGCGACGGUGGGCGGGCCAGGGGCAGGCUGAGAUGGGAGAGGGCAUGUCCAAAAGGCUGAAGCUGCAGCUGGGGAGCGAGGCGGAGAUGGAGGAGCGAGCGUUCAAUAACCCCAACGCGGAUUACCAGCCCCAGGGGGCCGCCGCCGCGGCCAGCGUUGCUCAGCCUUCCCCCAGCGACUCGGAGGGCAAGCGGAGCCGCUCGUCUUCGCUCCAGAGAGACGAUUCCCUCCUCUUCGAUAGCGACGGGAAGAUCAGCCCUUAUUUCAAUAAAAGGAUCACAACUAAGAUCAAGGAUCUGUUGCAGCAAAUGGAAGAAGGGCUAAAGACGGCAGAUCCUCAUGACUGCUCUGCAUACACUGGUUGGACAGGGAUAGCUCUCUUGUACCUUCAGCUCUACCGUGUGACAAAGGAACAAAGUCACCUACAGCGAUCUCUGGAUUAUGUGAAGCGAAUACUACGCAAUCUGAACGGAAGGAGGGUGACUUUCCUCUGUGGUGAUGCUGGGCCCUUGGCAGUGGGAGCAGUCGUGUACCACCUGUUGAAGAAUGACAGUGAAUCCAAGGAGUGUGUGACAAAACUUUUGCAGCUUCAGAGAAUAGUCCUUGCCACAGAUUCGGAUCUCCCAGAUGAGCUGCUUUAUGGACGAGCUGGUUACCUGUAUGCCUUGCUCUAUCUGAAUACUGAAAUUGGACCUGAGACUGUGCCACAAUCUGUUAUCAAGGAGGUGGUGGAUUCCAUCAUUGAAUCAGGUAGAAACUUUUCCAGAGAGGAGCGAAAGACUGAACGGUGCCCAUUAUUGUACCAGUGGCACAGGAAACAGUAUGUUGGUGCAGCCCAUGGCGUGUCUGGGAUCUACUACGUGCUUCUGCAGCCAGCAGCCAAUGUGGAUCAGGAGAGUUUGACAGAGCUGGUGAAACCAAGCAUUGACUACGUGCGUCAUAAAAAAUUCCGAUCUGGGAAUUAUCCAUCAUCGUUAAGUAAUGAAACAGACAGGCUGGUGCAUUGGUGUCAUGGUGCUCCAGGAGUCAUCCAUAUGCUCAUGCAAGCAUAUCAGGUUUUCAAAGAGGAUAAAUACUUGAAGGAUGCAAUGGAAUGUAGUGAUGUCAUAUGGCACAGAGGAUUGUUGAGGAAAGGCUACGGCAUCUGCCAUGGGACUGCUGGAAAUGGCUACUCCUUCUUAUCCCUCUAUCACCUGACUCAGGACAAAAAGUACCUCUACCGGGCUUGCAAGUUUGCAGAGUGGUGUCUAGAGUAUGGUGCACAUGGGUGUCGUAUUCCUGACCGACCCUAUUCGCUAUUUGAAGGUAUGGCAGGAGCUAUCCACUUCCUCUCUGACAUAGUUGACCCUCAGAAGUCCCGCUUCCCAGCAUUUGAACUUGGCCCUCAAAGGAAAGAAAACAAAGAGUAGAACAGCUAAGUGGAAACUGAAGAUGAUGCCCAAAACAACAAGACUGCUUAGUGCCUAAAGUAAUACUGAACCAAUGUUGAGAGUCUGCACAAAAAAUAUUUCUUGCCUCUUCUCCAAAGGACCACAUUUGUCAUUACUGCAUGAAUGAAAGGAUUCCACACCUUUCAUUUUAAGAGAUGCCUUCAGCUGUGGGGAUGAGCAGUCUGAAGUUCAUUGGAACUCUUCCCUUUUUUUGAUUUUCACAGUUGUAUCUUCAGGUCUUUUUGAGUGUUUGCAUGUUCAUUGGUGUUGUCAGUGUAAAGAUUUUUCUGUUUGUUGUGAAGCUGAAAACUGUUCCGUGACAUCCAGUUCAGUUUGUUUUUCUGUGCAGGACCAUAAUGAGAACACACCUCUGCAGGAAAUGCAAGUUCACACUGGGCACACUUUGUCUGUUAACCAUAAUGAAUGAGGGAUGGAAGCCUACCCAAUGCCAAGGUUGUUUGACCCUUUUCUGGGAUCACAGCUUCAGUCACUGAACACUUUUUUUCUCAAGACAUCAAGAGCAUGGUCCAAUCACAAGCACUUAAAAAAAAGUCCCAUUGAUUUCCAUGAAACCAUAUGCUUGAAAUUUUGCCAUUGAAAUUAAUAGUUCAACGGCUGGCCAAAUUAUGCCCAAAGUCUCUCUCUCCCCCUCCUCCCCCAAAAAACAGGGAUUUAAAAUUUUCUAUUUUUUUAGCUUUUAGUCCACCCAAAGCAAAUCACUCAUGUCCCGUUGGUUUCAAUGGGAAAAAUGUAAAUGGGUGCUAGACUCUGACUCCGCUGUUGAAAUGUGUGGGGCUGGAUUGUGUCCUUAAAUUUCAAGCACCCUUCAAAUUAAAUAGAUAGCCUCUCUUCCCUACCCUCCCCAAUAUAUCUACAAUGCACAUUUUCAAAAGUGCUUUUAUGAGACUAAUUUUCAAAUAUAAAAAUGUUAAGCACUGUCUGAAAAACAACGUCCUUUUAAUGCUGGGGGACAGGCAGCAUGUCUGGCUGAAGCAGCUCACUGUAGCUUGCUGUGUCUGGGCUUUGACCAUAUUUCCACCAAUUCAGUGCCAUAUGAAAGUGGGUGGUGGGUUCAGGUCAGCAGUUCAGGGAAGGACUGUGGGGAAUGAACUGGCCAUGCUGCUACUGCUGAAGUUUCUCAAAUGGGGCCAAAGUAUCCAGUUCUGAUGAACAAGACUGUCAUUCUCCCUGCUGGGUGACAUAGACUCUCCCAUUUUUGUUGUUUCAUCCUUUGAAAUACCAAAAGUUUUUAUUUUGGUAUUCCUCUGUUAAAAGAGAUGCAUAGUUGAUGUGUCAUUCAUGCCCGAAGUUCUCAACUAAUUGGGUCAUAACUUUUUUGUUGUUGCAUUUACUCUUCCACAUCUUCUAAAAGAAAUUAACAGAUCUGCAUUAUCAGAUGUAUCCUUUUAUAUGGGAGACGUUUGGCUUAAAACAAACCCAAUAGUUUCCAGUCACUGUUGUUGACGAGUGAAGCCCACUUCUAAACUGGGAUGCUUCAAGGUUGUUCUGAGUUUUGUUGUGCCUAUUGCACUGGUUUAGUCUAACAGAAAAAGGACAACCUCUCAGAGUAAUAGGAGCAUUUUGUAAGAAGGGAUGGUGGAUUAGGGGGAAAAUCAGUUAUCACAAUGUUUUGCUGUUCAAAUUGUUUAAAAAAAAUAAAUUUAGCAAAAUAUGGAA